UAAACCAUAGAUCAACUGGCCCGCCGUCGCCGAAGCAACCGGUAUAACCCAGUCCGCCGCCCGGCUGAAAUGGUACCGCCUGAGGCAGGAGCUCGACCUGAAGAUCGAGGCGGGGGGGUUUAGUUAUAGGGACAUGCGGAUUGCCGAGGCUCAGAGUGGUGGUGACGGCGAUAAGAGUGCAGAGGGAUCCUUGAAGAAGGUUGUCAGUGCUGCAGCUACCGCUACCGCUGCCGGAGAAGACGAACCUCGCUCUGAUGGAAAGCCAAAGGAACAACAACAGUCACGGCUGAAGAGAGAGAGAAAGAAGAAGUCCACAAAGAUUGUUCAAGAUGCGGGGUCGGUCUUGCUUUCGGAUUCGUCCUCUGCGGGGUCUGAUGGGGACGUUGGUGAGGAUGAUUGGGUUGAUGGGACUCGUGGUGGUCGGAGGAAGAGUUUUGUGUUCUAUGCUGGGGGUCGAGGGGACAAGUCGGGAGAGAUCAAGAGUGGUGAUGAUGAUUCUGAGAUCAAGGAGCGAGAGUUGACGGUGAUGGGGUCUCAGGAGAGGGCGUCGUGUUGGUCGUCGGAUUCUUCGCUGGUGAAGGUCGGGAUGUCGGGUGGUGGGUCGCAGGGGGAGGCUUGUGCUAUCUACUCGGACGAGGAUCAUGGGGGUAAUAUGCAGGUCAAGGGGGUUGAAAAAGCUGGGGAUUCUGCUGCUACUGAAGAGAAUGGUAUUGAUAAGGUGAAGGAGGGGGCUGUGGAGUGAGAUGCUUCUCUUUAACUUGGCAGUUGAUAUGCAUUCAGCCCUGCCGUGUCAUAGUUUCCGCGGGCAACACACUGAGCUCAUAUGGUUGAGCAUUCGUCAUCGAGUU